AAGUGAAGAUAAAGCAUUUGUUUUCUUACCCAAAUAAACUGCAAAAACAGCCAUUUUUCCAUUGCGCUUUUGAGGGACAAAAGCCAUGGUGCCGAACUCUUCGUUUCUCCUCUCCAAGAUUUCUUUUCCAUAUACUCUUUCAGCUUGUCACACAACUCACAGACAGAAGUCCAUGUUCCAGUGCUGCUCAGCUGUCACAUUACAAGAUAAAAGAAAAUAUUUCAGGGUUAGGGAACAAAAAGUAAAUAUAUUGCAUUAUGAGGACAAUAUGAAGCGCAGAUCUCUCCUGUUUUUUCUGAUUACAUCUGGCAUAUCUCCCGCUCUCCCAGCUUAUGGGAAAACAAAGAGCAAAAACCCAUAUGAUGAAAGACGCUUGCUAGAGCAAAACAAACGGAUCCAAAGAGAAAAUAAUGCCCCUGAAGAGUUCCCCAGUUUCAUCAGAGAAGGUUUUGAAGUUAAAGUAGUAACGUCCGAUAACUAUGUAAAGCGUGACUCAGGUCUUAUAUUGUGGGAUAUUGCUGUUGGUGAAGGUGAUUGCCCAAAGGAUGGCCAACAGGUGACUUUCCACUAUAUUGGUUAUAACGAGUCUGGACGUCGUAUAGACAGUACAUACCUACAAAAUGCUCCUGCAAAGAUUCGGAUGGGCACUAACGCAUUGGUCCCAGGUUUUGAGGAAGGAAUUAGAGACAUGAGACCUGGCGGGAGGAGGAGGAUUAUAAUACCUCCAGAACUAGGACCGCCGGUCGAGGCACACCAAAAAUGCCCCGCGGCGAUGGUGUGGUGCGAAAGUCUCAAGAGGCGUACGCCCAGCAAUUCGGGGCGUACGCCCGGGCGUUUGAGGUUGGGCCUUCAACGUUUUUUAGCUCAAAACAGUUUGAAGUAUUUGACGUGGAACUGCUAGGCAUUCAAGACUGCAAACGGAGGACAAUAGCAGGCUUCUACUCUGAUGUUGUCUGCAAUUAAGCAAUAAUCCCCUUUUGUGAAUAUUUUAGUCACAUCUUGCAUCAUUAUUAUCAGAAGAGACUUGUUUUUAUUUUUCCCUUUUCAUUCUUUUACUGCAAAUAGAGAAAUGGAGGAAAGUAAAGACUAGGCUAGAGAUCACAAAGGUAGUUCUGGAACAGUAAAUUUCUACUGAAAGUAACAGGAGACUAUCCUACUGUUAUUUGAUUAAGAGGUUCAUGUUUGCUGAGAAAUCUUGUAUUUGUUGUAUCUAUAAAUCAAUUCGAGAACUUUUCUUGGCAAGAA